AUGGCGUUGCGCGACGGAACAGAACCUGUUGCCCUCCUAGCCACGGCCGGCACGCUGACCAACAUCGUCGCCAUCCUGGGUAGAUCGAUUGUUUCUGUUGCCGAGCUACGGAGCCAGUGGAAUGAUGCCGACCUAGCCAUCCUCUCAUUCGAAAGUCAGCUUGCGUCGCUACGAACCGCACUCGUCAAAAUCAAUGAAUGGGUAGAUACGCAUUAUGCCGAAGACCCGCACCAUCAGCUGGUGAUGGACCUCGACCGAUGCGUCGCGUGCUGUCGCUUGCUAAUUAGCAAGGUCGACACUGAUAUCCACCCCUUCCAAAUGUUGUCUGGCAAGAUGGAUAAGAAGCACAAGGCCAAGAUGUUGUUGAAGUCGAAAGACUUUAGGGAUACACAGCGAAUGAUUGAGCAACAUACGAGCGCAUUAUCGUUAUUGCUCACAGCCUGCCAUACCACCGCCCUUUCACAACAGCAGGUAAUUCUCGGGAAGCCACACGCUCGGAAGGUGUUCGAGAAGAUGGAAGACGACGCUGCGUCCCUGUUCGUGCAUCUCGACACGGACUCGGUGGCCAUGUCAACAGCCCCAACAACUAUCCGAUCAUCGAAGCGGUCAUUAAAGUUCGAUUUUGAUAAAGAACUCUUAGUAUCCAAGAUAUACGAACGAUGGAUACGGGGUUCUGUGAAGAAGUGUCUCCGGGACGAACAACCGCCCAAGAAUCCUGGUGGGGCAUUUGAACUCGAGGCCCCGGAUCGGGCGUGCCUUGGUGUCGUGUCGCAAACUGGCUCCUACUCUGCUAGCGAGCGCCCCAUGCCCGAACUCCAGGGCUCUGUCGCUAGCAUCGAGGCCCCGAGCGAUUAUAAUGGCAACACUAUAUCCGAGCUUGAGAGCCCUUCUGGCGUCCUCAACCCCAGGACCCAGAGCUACAAUAGCAGCACUAUAUCCCAGCACGAGAGUCCUUAUGGCACGAAUAGUACCACCUCCUCAGCUGUGGAUAGUCCUUUUAGCACCGCACUCUUCGGGUCAAGGCAGACGACCAGCGUCAACACCUCUCCAUCUUCGCUGGACACACCUGCGACAAGGUGGAGAAGAUUCCCCUCGCUCCGAAAGAUGCCCACGCGGAAUUAUACAGCCAGCGACAACUCUUCCAUUAGGGCGAGAGCCAAAAAAAUGCAGUGUGACUACGAGGCCGUACUGGUCGGAUCUGAGUCUAGACUGGAGAUUUUCCAUGCCAUAAGCGCAAAACAUAUGUCACGGAAAUAUGCUGAGCAGGAGCUGAUCAACGUCGCAUCGACGGGUGCUCUUGAAGCGCGCCUGGAGUUGGGUAAGCGUAGCAUCCACCUCGUCAACAUUGUCGAUGAGACAGGCGAUUGGCACGAAUGGCAACCCCUUUUAGAAUCAACGGCGUUCCUCCUCUUCGUCAUGGAUCUGGAUACGUACGAUGAGGAAGACAAGAUGAAGGAGACGCUUAGUCUGUUUGAAGAGAUAGUCAAGUCCAACUUCUUUCUGAAAGCGUCCGUCAUCCUGAUCCUGAACAAUAAAGCGGGUUUCAGGGAGAAGCUGCAAUGGAAAGCACUAUCUGACUGCUUUCCCGACUAUACCGGCGGCAGCGACUACCAUAAGGCAGUCGAGUACAUCAUCUGGAAGUUCAACAUGUUGAAUAGCGGCCGCUUCAUCAUGUAUCCUUGUGUGACGAAGAGUGACGAUCCUUCUGGUCUGGAUUCUAUGUCCACUGUUAUGCAGGAAGCCAUCAUAAAUUAUGUUCUGCGGGGUGCUAAACUUUUGGCAUGA